AUGAAGACCUGGCUAAUGAGCUGCGACUCCAUCUUCAGUCUCGCGGAGAAGCUGCGUGCAUACUUGAUGGAUCCUGAAGUCCGAAGCCGACAUGAGAUUGACCGUGAAAUCUCGGUCCGGACAGCACGGCGAUACCUUGCGACAUUGGGAUACUGGUUUACAUUUGCGAAGAAAGGGCAAUAUGUUGACGGACAUGAGCGAACAGAUGUGGUUCAAUACCGCAAUGAAGUUUAUUUGCCUCGGUUAUUUGAGUUACAACAAUGGGUCCAUCCAUUUGAUAGUGAGACUGGCGAGCUGAUCGAUACUGUCCUGGCUCGAGGGUGUCGAGUUAUCAUCUGGUAUCAUGAUGAAAGUAUCUUUUAUGCACAUGAUCGACGGCGGAAAACUUGGUACCACAAAGAUGUGAAUGUGGUUCCGUACCGGAAAGGCAAGGGAGUCUCCUACAUGGUUGCUGAUUACUUUUCCGCCGAUUUUGGCUGGCUUCAUCCACCGACUGGUGCCCACGCUCGGGAGGCAAUCUGUACAGGCAAGAAUCGUGAUGGUUAUUUCACCACAGCCAAGGUCUUGGCCCAAGCGGAGAAGGCAAUGGCAAUCGUGAAAGCAGCUUGGCCUGAAUAUAAUCAUGUUUUCGUUUACGAUAACGCAACAACACACCGCAAGCAAGCUGACGGUGCACUGUCGGCACAGGCAAUGCCCAAGUCUACCUCAGGCAGUCGCAGCUCCAAAAAUCCCGAUGCCAACUUUCUAGUCGAAAUCAAUCAAUGUGUCGAUGGCCAUCUGGUAUACGACAUGAAGGGGUGCCUUGUCAAGGACAAGAUAAAGAUGACAGCCGCCUACCAUGGUCCUAACCGGAUGCCACAAGACCUUUACUGGCCAGAUAAUCAUUCCAACAACAAAUUCCAUGGUAAAUUCAAAGGCAUGCAACAAAUCUUAAUCGAGCGUGGUCUAACACAGUUCGCUGAUCUCCCAGCUGAAUGCCACAACUUUUAA